CCCAUACCCAAAAUAGAUACAAGAUAGAAAAAUAUAAGGCAGAGCUAAAAUUACUUGUUCGGGAAUGGUUUCACCCCACUUCUUCUCCCCAUCUUGCUCGUGGCUGAUCCAUCUACUUUCCCCAAUUUCCCUCAAGAAAGCUAGCUCUUCCUCCAAAACCCAGCAAUGGGGUGUGUGGGGAUCGAGAAGAAAGAUUGCUAGUAAGUUAUUCGAUCAACUUGCAGGAGCUAGCCGUGCAGAGUGUUAUCUUGUUGCUGCACCUCUCCGGCCGGCCUCUCCAAUAGAAAAAGGUGCAGUGACAAUGGACUAUCAGUUGGUCCCUUACCAAAGUUCUUUGCCCGUGGGUGAGGAACACUCUGGGAUGCCUCCCCAAAUUCAUGCAAUCGCUUAUUGUCCAACGCCAAUUAAUGUCAUUUGAUUUCUACAACCAACGUAGAAGUUUGUUGGCCGUCAGCACUAGGUUAGGAAUACAGAUAUGGGAGGCGGUCUUCGAGAGCUCUUCGCUUGGAUGGACUAAGAAAUUUGAAGCUUAUUGUCCUGGUGUAAAGCAUAUGGAGUGGAUGCCUAAUAAGCUCGGCCUUGCGUAUGGCGAUGAAAGAGGAUUGAUAACAUUAUUACAAUACAACAAAGAGCAAGGUUGCUUUAAAUCCAAAAUCAUACAUGACAAGCCAUCUAGAGGAGAAACAACCUCGAUUUCAUGGAGUGGGAACAGCUCUUAUCUAGCAUCAAGUUUUCACCCAAGAGCAACUGAAGAUGAGACAAGCAACAGUAUGAUCAUUAUUCAUAAGAGGGCAAGUGCUUCAAGAACAAAUGAGGUGCAAUCAAUUGAGAUGGAAGGCCGACCAAACCUAAUAGCAAAGUUUCACCCUGUUCAUAAUUGUCUUUUCAUAGCUAAGCGGCGGUGGGGAUUAGACAUCAAGAUCUUCUCGAACACAAUCACUGGCUUUGAAAAAGAAUCUGAUAAGUGGGUUCAAGUUGCUUCCUUUGAUCACGACGGUGAAAUAUCUUCAAUUAAUUUCAUCAUUUCAAGUAAUGGGUCGUCAAAAUCAUUUGCAAUUGCUAGGGUUGAUAACAUAAUAUCUUUCUAUAAAUAUGAUCACUAUUCCGGAUCUGAGUGGACUCCUACAGCUAAGCAAAGAGUUUCUUUCCAAUACAAAGUGAACACUGGAAAUCGAUUCAAAAAAAUUCUUUCCAUGGGUUGCUACAUAGACUCAACUAUUGCAAUUGGUUACACGGAUGGUUCUAUUGAGAUCUUUACAAAGAAAAGAGGAAAAUAUGUUAGUGCUUUAAACAAGUACUGGGAGCAUCAUUGGUCAAAAGCUAAAUGCUGGGCAUCCACCAUUCCUUGCCUAUCCUGGCAAUACAACACCGAAAAGACUCCUAAGGUGCUAGCAGUAGGAGGGGAACAUGGUUUUGUUUUGUUCUAUGAUUUUAUUGAAGCGGGGCCUUACACUGAAAUACCAAACCGUGACUAUGAAUGGGAGACUAACUACUACAAAUGUCCUUCCGAACCGGACGAGGAGGUCGAGGAGGAGGAGGAGGAGGAGGAGGAGGAGCCAACACAUGAUGUCACUCAAGAGUUAAACUCACAAGAAGAAGUUGAGCCUGUGAAGGAAACAAAAUUUGCUAUCUGUCAACAGAUUUUCUGUAGCAGAACAGUAAAUAUGGAAGAUAUCAAAGCCAUUGGAUUUAAAAUGGAGUACACACUCAUCAAUUAUAAGGUCACAUUUGAGAACCUUGCUUAUGUUGAAGCCAAAAAGAGAUUAGUAAAUGGAAAGUAUCCCGAAAAGAUAUUAGAAUGGAACUACAACAGUGAGCAUAUGAUCAGAGGUUUGAUAAUUGACAAGAAAAAGGGAAAUAUAAUCAAGGUGGACCACUAUAAUAAUGUAAAAAUGUCAUACCAUGGCAUGAAUGAGAUGCCAUAUGAGGAAUCAAAAAAUGUUUAUGGAUCUACAUUUAUGUUUGAAGAACCUGAGUUUGCUGCCAUGGAUACAACUUUCUCUUGUUGUGAAGGAUAUCUAUUUGCCCAACUCGUUGAUUUGAUGGAUACCAAUCCUCAAGAAGUGCCAGCGCCUACCUACAUGACUUUAUACAAACAUCUCAGGGAAGCCUUUGAUCAGGGCUAUAAAGAUGGAACUCUUAAACAAUCUGUGGCCAAUGACCUUGCUAGGUACAUCGAUAAAGAUCCAUCACUUCUUCCAAUGCUUCAGAACAUUAAGAACAAAGGAAUCUCCACGUUCUUAAUAACAGAUAGUUUGUGGGAUUAUACUGACAUUGUUAUGGAUUAUGCGCUACAUCAAGAUAAAGUGAACAAACACAGCUGGCUUCAAUAUUUUGACAUUGUCUUUACAGGAAGCCGAAGCUUUUUUAGUGAAGAAAGCCACGUGGAGCUGUUCGACGUGGAGAUUGAAACCGGGAAAAUUUCAAAUCCUAAAGAAUAUCAGUUGGGGAGAUCGAAAACAAAUCAAGCACCUAAGGAGAUCCAGAAAGUAUAUCAGGGAGGAGAUGUUGGACAUCUUCAAAGAUUAUUACCUAAUACCAAUGACCCCAAGCAGGUUCUGUAUGUGACACAUCAUAUUACCAAAGAGAUGCUCAACAACAAGGCCCAAGGUUGGAAGACUAUGCAAAUUAUACCUGAGCUGGAAAAGGAAUUGCAAAUUAUCAGAGAACAGGGGUCAAUUCGACAGAUUAUUAUUCGUGCCAGAGUGAAAUCAAAUAGUGUAGAAGAUAAAAUCUGUAUGCUCAGAAGCACCACUGAGGUUGAUGUAAUGGAGAAAAUAAACAAACUGACCAGUGAGAAGAAAGAAGGGAAUGGACAGCGAACGUGAAACUGCUGAAAAGAGGCUAGCUUCAAAGUUUAAUGAUAAAUGGGGUCCAGUUAUGAAGGCUGGGAAUAAGAAUUCCCGAUUUGCUCGCGAGGUAGAAAGAUCAGCAUGGUUAUAUACCAGCAGGGCGUCAAACUUGGCUGCUGAGAGAUGUUAUGAACAAUCAGACCAGUUGAUGGCACAUGACUCCGAUUUGUUGAGCUUCCAUUUGGGCAAGGACUGAAGCAGUUUAUAGCCAAACUAGGUCGAUCUAGCUUCCUUGUAGGCAAGGACUGAUGCAGUUUAUAGCCAAAAAAAUGGGAUCAACCCAACCCAUCCCGGUUCUUUUUUUUUGGGGGACAAAAAGAAAAGGAAGUGAUAAUAGCCAAACUAGGUCGAUCUAGCUUCCUUGUAGGCUAGCUAAAUGGAUGAUACUAGUUGUGAUCUAAACGUUAAUACAACGAAAGUCCCAAGGCCCAAAUUUUGGAUUUGCAA